CGCAUUUUCUCCCCACGCGCUGGCGCAGAAAGGUGCGGUCCCGUCCGCCCGGCCCGACCCGGAAGCUGCCGCGGCCGCCGCGCGCCGCUUUCGCCUGUCUCCCUGGGGCCUCCGGGCCGCCUCGAGUCCUGGGGCCCGCCGCGAGUCCUGGGGCCCGCCGCGUCCUCCUUUCUCGGUCCCCUCUGGCCCAUGGGUCUCCAUGGCGACGGCGGGGGCCCGGCCGGGGGGCGGGCAGCCCGAGCGGGGCCGCGGCGCUCCCAGGGCCUGUGCGGCGGCGUCGCCGUGUUCGCCGCUGUGGCCGCCGUGUUCACCCUCACGCUGCCCCCCUCGGUGCCGGGGGGCGACUCGGGGGAACUGAUCACAGCCGCACAUGAGCUUGGAGUCGCCCAUCCUCCUGGCUACCCUUUGUUCACCCUGGUAGCUAAACUGGCAAUUGUACUAUUUCCUUUUGGCUCAGUUGCCUACCGAGUCAAUCUUCUGUGUGGCUUCUUUGGAGCAGUAGCUGCAGCGUUACUUUUUUUCACCGUUUUCAGGCUUUCUGGCUCAUGUGCUGGAGGAAUCCUUGCUGCGGGGGUGUUUUCAUUUUCACGUCUCACAUGGCAGUGGUCCAUCGCAGCAGAGGUUUUCAGCUUAAACAAUCUGUUUGUGGGGCUGCUCAUGGCUCUUACUGUACACUUUGAGGAGGCAGCAACUGCACAAGAAAGAUCAAAGAUAGCUAAAAUUGGUGCUUUCUGCUGUGGCCUUAGCUUAUGUAAUCAGCACACAAUAGUACUCUAUGUUUUGUGCAUAAUACCAUGGAUUCUCUUUCGACUUUUAAAAGAGAAGGAACUCUCCCUGGGCUCUUUGUUGAAGUUGAGUCUGUACUUCUCUGCUGGUUUGCUGCCCUAUAUCUACCUUCCUGUCUCAUCCUAUCUCAGUCAAGCCCGUUGGACCUGGGGAGACCAGACAACAUUGCUAGGAUUUUUGACACACUUUCUCAGGGAAGAAUAUGGAACAUUCAGUCUGGCCAAAUCUGAAAUAGGAUCCAGUAUGACUGAAAUACUGCUUUCUCAAGUGAUAAAUAUGAAGAGCCAACUCUCAUUCAACAUUCAAGCCCUUGCAGUUUGGGCAAAUAUAUGUUUAGCGAGAAAGAACAGACAGCACCCAUCAUUAGUGUGGCUUUUUACUGGAAUGUUUUGCAUUUAUUCAUUGUUCUUUGCUUGGAGAGCAAAUUUAGAUAUUUCAAAACCACUUUUCAUGGGUGUGGUGGAGCGAUUCUGGAUGCAAAGCAAUGCAGUGGUGGCCGUCCUCGCUGGCAUCGGUUUGGCUGCACUUGUAUCUGAGAGUAAGCGAGUGCUGAACACCAGCGGGCUUCAGUGUCUGGAAUGGCUUUCAGCAACUCUUUUUGUAAUUUACCAGAUAUAUUCUAAUUAUAGCAUUUGUGACCAAAGGACCAACUAUGUGAUCGAUACAUUUGCGAAGAACCUUCUAGCCUCUAUGCCUCAUGAUGCCAUUAUCUUACUCAGAGGCGAUCUGCCAGGGAAUUCUCUCCGUUACAUGCAUUAUUGCGAGGGGCUGAGGCCAGAUAUUUCAUUAGUGGAUCAGGAAAUGAUGACUUAUGAGUGGUAUUUACCCAAGAUGGCAAAGCAUUUACCAGGCGUCAAGUUUCCUGGGAACCGGUGGAAUCCUGUGGAAGGAAUAUUACCUAGUGGAAUGGUCACAUUUAAUCUUUAUCAUUUUCUUGAAGUAAAUAAACAAAAAGAAACAUUUGUUUGCAUAGGAAUUCAUGAAGGCGACCCAACGUGGAGAAAGAACUAUUCACUUUGGCCUUGGGGUUCUUGUGACAAAUUAGUUUCUUCGGAGAUUGUAUUCAACCCUGAGGAGUGGAUCACACGUACGAGAAAUAUCUAUAACUGGACUGAAGACUAUGGAAGGUUUGAUCCAUCUUCUUGGGACUCUGUGGCCAAUGAAGAAAUGUGGCAAGCAAGGAUGAAAACACCUUUCUUCAUCUUUAACCUGGCAGAAACUACAAGUUUGCCUUCAAAUGUGAAAGCUCAACUCUACACUUACGCGUAUAAUCUUUAUAAGGAGAUUGUCUAUUUACGAAAGGAACACCCAGUGAAUUGGCACAAGAACUAUGCCAUCGCCUGUGAACGGAUGCUGCGCCUUCGGGAAAGAGGUGCAGACCCUGAAGUCUUGUUAUCUGAAACCAUCAGACACUUCCGUCUCUACACUGAGAAGGCCCAGAAUGAUCCACAGCUGGCCGAUAUUUCAGUUGCUCUAAAGCACCUAAGAAAAGAACUGCAAAGUCUGAGAAAUAUGAAAAAUGGCUGAGACAGCAAACUGUGAAAAACCUGCUUGGCGUUCGGCUUCUAAAAUUCUGAAGUCCAAAAGUUUUUCCUCCAAGAAAAGAAACGGCAUAAAAAAAUGGAGCUUAAGUCAUCUCCCAGAUAUAAGUAACAUGGUGCAGCCAUACUGUUUCAUGGGGGAUGGAGGAAGUUGGGGGAGGGGGUGUUAAGGACUGAGAUGUGGUAUUUAUGCAAAUUCUAUUUAGCCCAUGUUACUGAAUUACCAUUUUGUGAGAAUAUUUUGAAAAAUAUUCCUACUUCCACAAUUGUUUGCCAAAUGACUUGCUUGAUUAGAUUAUAGAAGAGAAUGAACUGUUUUCGUACACUUAAA